AUGUCCACCACAGAGAACACUUGGACCAGCUCGCCCGCCGAAGUCGCCGAUUCCGCAAUGGCCGCGACACCCCGUCCCACCACGCGCGCACAACCCUUCCAGACUCCCGUCUCCGCCGGCGCCAUCACUACCUCCUCCAGCUCGCCGGAGUCGUUAUCAAGCUCAACUCCCCAAGCUGCGACCGCCACCAACACCCCCGAAACCGACCUCUCGUUCUCCCCAAAUGAGCACAGCUCCACCCCUGACGCGGCGGAGUCCAACAACACCGGGGGAUCACAGGAAACGCCAGAGCGCACGCUGGAGGUCUCCAACACGAAGAAGCGCAAGCUCGAGGAUCUAGAAGAGCAGUACCGCGACGUUUCCGCGCAACGCGCGAAGAUGGAAGAGGAGCUGCAUAAGAUGAGGGAGAAACUGCACGCUGCGGCGAAGGCUAAGGGGGAGUGGGUUCCGGAUCCGAACUUUGUGCGUCCGCUCGUCAAGGUUGUGCGCGGAGUGAACGCUACCGAUCCCGACGUCUGCGCUGCUACUUCUCCCGCCCCCGCUAAGGAUGAUGAACCACCUCCGUCUCGCACCGUGGUGUACCAGAGCACCGGCGUGCAGACUCUCCCUCCAGGAGACGAGGAUGCUUUCGAGAAGUGCUAUGGUCGUUUACCUGAUGACGGUGAGGCCGGUCUUGGUGCGAAGGGUCGAUAUCUACCCGGCAAGGUAGACCCGCAUGAACUUUGCUACGGCGAGGCCUUCAUCGUUCCUCAAUACGAGGCUUCAGAGGAGAAAGCUUCAAAAGACGAAGCCUCGAAGAGCUACACGUCGUCCCUCUUCCAGACAAUGGAGUUCAAGGACAGGACUGGACCCAUCAGGAAAGCCAAGGCUAAGGCGACGUUGAUCGCAAAGAAGUACCAGAGUGUGGCCAAGGAGGAGGGUUACCGGAUCUUCGCGGAGACGGACAACAGGAUGGUGGUGCAUUCCGAGCAAUUUCCUAUCAAGGUGAAGCUGGACAAGAACGGCAUGGCAAAGGGGUAUGUGGGCGAUGUGCCACGCUUGCCGAAUGUUGUGGGCGAGAAACUCGGCGUCAAGCGCGCUCUGCCUGCCGGACAACCUGGCGCAUCGAAGGUCGUUGCUGCCUCCACCGUUGACCCUCCAUUCCCGAUCGGCCACCGGAAGCCAAUCCCAGUGAUCGAUCUAUCUCCGGAGGAGAACCGCAUCGUCAACUCCGCAGAAUACGGCAUUCCCACGGCGAGGUGCAACACAGAGAAGGGUACGUACGUCAACUCGAAAGGGUAUGAGGUUAAGUACACUUUCAACGAGUAUCGCAGUUCGGCCCAAGCCGAUGCUUCAGCUGGUCGUCCGGCAGGGCAGAACGUACAGCCAGCUUCAAAAGACGCCGUUGACGCCGGCCCCGACACCGACGGAAAGACAUCCACGGCUCUGCCAUCGAACACCCUUAAGCGCAAAGCCACCGACCAGGAGACGGAAGAAGACGCGGAGACUCAGCGGGACGUGAAGCGCGCCCGUUUUGAGCAUGGAGAGACCUGUUCCAGCAAGAAGCUUGAGACUCCAGCGGUGACCGCGGCUGCAACCGCCACGCCAUCAAAGACCACAGAAGUCUCGACCAAGCCCGUUUCAAUGAACAACCAAGCAAGCACCCCAGCACUCACCGAGCCAACGCUCUCCGUCAAGCAGCCUGUGGGCGGUGGGUUCACCCGUGACAAGCCUCGCUUCCCGAAGAAGCCUGCCCCGAAGCAAGUGAAGGCCGACUCACCUCCAGUGCAGAAUGUCAUGCAGUACUCCACGCCAACUGCAGCGCAGACAAAACCAGUCCUGGACAAGACGCCUCCGCGGUCCAACCCUCUUGCCGGCCCCGAAAUACGGCCCAAUCCCCAUUCAAAUGCUUCGGCGAUGACCACGGGCCCACGGAAUACCUGCAAGCGCACCCGUGCCGACGUUGAGGAGGAGCGUAACAAUAUGAACGAUCAUGAGCAGCAAUACCCACAAGCAGACGAUUUCGCGAUCCGGGGUGCGGCGACUGCAAAUGCUGACCGAAAGAUCCUCAAGCCCCGUGGUCAGCGACGAGCUGAGUCCCACGAAACUGCCAAGGAGUGGGUAAACGACAAGCCCAUGUUCACGUGGAACCGCUCAGAGGAUAGGAAAACGGAGCGUGAGGAGAAUUUCAGGAAGAAGCAGCGCAUGAAGUAG